AUGGUUCAAUUCUCCGAAGAGACCAAGGAGCGUGUCUCCAAGCGGCUACCUCCCAUUGAUUGUCUAUCUCGGAUAUUCCUACAGCGAGCCCAAGCCUUCCCUCUUCAAGCUUUUCUCGCCCCUGGCAUAGAUGCCAACUCUGACCCAUCCAACAUCGAGCCAGACCAGUCGCUGGAUGCCGAGCCCCCCGAAGUAUCCUUCAACGGCUUCUCGAACCGAUCAUCCUGCCAUUUCUCUAUGUCGGACCUCCGUCAUACGAGAGUUUGA